UUUACGACAACCAUAAAUUGGUUAAAUUACCCGCGAUUUUCAAAGAGUGAGUCAUCAUGGUUCUGCGAAGAUCACAGCUUUUGAUCGUCUGAUCCUUCAAGUUUUAUAGGACCAGACAUCAAGAUGAUUACUCAGUAAGGUGAAUUUCUAGAAAAUAAACUAAGAUGGAAGACCCCCGAGAUUUUGUGUUGUGUGAGUUGGAGGCUCAGAUGAAGAAUGCGUCUCCGGAGAAAUGUAUCACCUUAUCCCACAGCUCUCCUUCGGUCAAGAUGUUUUACGCCCUGCGGCUUCGGCUGGAGAACACAUCAGAGGCCUGGCUGCGGGAUUACCUGGAGCGUGAUGGACUAGACAUCAUGCUUAACUCUCUCUGUGAGAUGGCGGGAAAGGGAUUCACCAGCUUCUCGGAUGCAAUCCUACAGCUGGACUGUGUGUCCUGUAUCCGGGCCAUACUCAACACCAGCGUGGGGCUGGACUUCAUGGUCAAACACGACCACUACACCGCCAAACUUAUUCUAGCAGCACUGAACAUGAACAACACUCAUCCCAAGAAACAGGUGUAUGAGAUUCUGGCUGCACUGUGCUCCUAUAACAACACAGGAUAUAACAAUGUGAUGAAUGCCUUAAGUACACUGAAGAGGGAGACAGACCAGACCCACAGAUUCAGUGCUGUGGUCAAUGAAUUGAAGGCCGCUGAGACCGUCCCCCAUAAAACGGCUAUACUGACCUUCAUUAACUGCAUCAUUAACUGUACACCUGACCUACAGGAGAGAAAUCGGACCAGGAAUGAGUUCAUUGGUUUGAACUUGUUAGAUGUUCUGAACUUUCUGCGUAAAGAGGAAGUAGACAGUGAUCUUCAUCUCCAGCUACAGGUAUUUCAUGAGAAGAAACACGAGGAUGAGGAGAGGCUGAAUGAGCAGAAUGAAGUGGACUUUAACAGCCCCGAGGACCUAAUAGAACUCAUUCAGUGCAAGAUUUUUGGUACUCCCAAAAUGGUGUCAUUCCUGAAUAUUUUACAAGACUUGUUGGCCAUUGAAAAGGUUUACACUAAAAACAGCACAAAGAUGUGGAAACAAAUAGACAACUUGGUCCAUCAGUCUGUCCAUGCCUGUGAGUCGAACCAAGUUCCGGGCUGUGUGGAGACUCCAGAUAUGGAUCUGGCCAGCCUUCCGGAUCAUGUCAACAAAGGCCUUCAGUACAUCCAGUCCUACCAAUCCAGGUCACAGAUCCCUAACCCGGACCCAGCCCCGGGGCCGGCUCAUCAAAUGAGUGCCGCCAAUCUACGACAAAUAUCACACAGAAAUCUGGACCCGUGUAAGUUUGAGAACGACACAGGUGUGGAACUGACUCACAACCGAGAUCCAUUGUACAGUAAGUUCAAUAACGUAGUGGACGUUAUUGCGUACAUGGAUCAGACUCAGUAUGACAACGUGUCCUUCACCGACGACAGUGCUAACAUGAGUAACACCCCCACAAACAAAUCAGCCCUACAGCGCAGGUACCGCAUCAAGAGGCCACCCCUGCCACCACCCUCCAAAAAGAUGAAGAAUGUGCCCUGGGUCAAAAUAGCAGACGAGACCAUAGACAGGUACAAGGGCUGCCUGUGGGCACUGUCUGCUGAGAUGAAGGGAGCUGCCCCAGACUUUGGUCAGCUGGAGGCCAUGUUCCAUCAGGGGGAGCACCAGUAUGAGGAAGUCAGUGAGAUAGUGCUGUUGAACUCGACCACGCGGCAGAACAUCAACCUGUUCCUGAGUCGGAUGGAGAUUGGUCCGGAGAAGCUGAUAGAGAGCCUAGAGAAGGGGAACCCCGAGGUGAUUAGUCUGCCGACCCUACAGUACCUGAUGAAAGUGCUGCCUGAUGCAGAGGAGAUAAGGAUGCUACAGAAGUAUGAGGGAAGACGACUACAGCUGGGGAUGCCGGAGCAGUUUGUUCUGUUACUGGCAGACAUUCCCGACUAUCUUGUUCUGAUCGAGGGUCACCUCAUCAAGGCGGAGUCCACUGCAAGUCUGGACAAACUCAAAGUCUCGCUCAACUCGCUCACUAAUGUGUGUAAGGCGGUGCUGGAAAACCAACAGUUUAAGCAGUUCCUUCACUUCCUGUUGUGUGCCGGGAAUUUCUUGAACUAUGGUAGUCUACAGGGGGACGCAGCAGGGAUCAAGCUGUCCAGCUUUGAGCGACUGAUGGAGGUCAAGUCAGGGGUCCCCAACCUGUCCCUGCUCCACCAUCUGGUCAAGGUCGCCAACGACAAGGAUGACUCCAUGCUCAAGGUCAUCACCGAGAUGGUACAGAUUGAUAAGAUCUCGCUAUCUACGCUGAUAGAUAUCAAGAAUGAGAUUAACAAGUUCAAUAAACAGCUGUGCCGGUUCAUCAGUCACCUAGUCACUGCCAACAUCAAGCUCCGACAGAGGUUCCACAUCUUCAUCGAGGAGGUGAAGCUAGAUUUGCUGACCAUACAGAGUGCCACCAAUCAGCUGAGGACAGUGACCCAGAAAAUGGCCCACUUCUUUUGCGAGGACCAGCACAACUUUGAUCUAGAGACCACACUACAGUGUCUGCACCGCUUCUGUAAACAAAUCAAGAGGUGCCAAAAUGACAACACGACAUUUUACAAACAAAGUCAACUGGCAAAGAAGAAAAAUGACCAGAUCAAAUUUCAUGUCAAAAACAGAUUUUUAGCAUUGGAGUUUGGAAAAGAUGCAGGUGCAAGUUCCUCUAUACUUGAAGACAAACAUAAAGUGCUGGAAAAAAUCUUGGAUGACCUUCACCAUGGAAACUUUCACCCUGUAGUGAGGCCAGAGGUCACGACCCCAGACACUGACAUCGAGGCUCUGGAGUUCAGUAACAUCAGCUUCAUUGGUAGUCCAGUCAGACAGCGACCCGUGUCAGAGGUCAUGGACGAGGACUUCCUGACCCCAACACUCAAACACGUCAAUAUCAGGACCAGCUCAGCUGCAGACAUAUUGUCGGAUGAGCCAAAGUUUGAGCAGGAGAUGACGAUAAAGCAGGCCUCUCCUGAACUGCUGUCUGAUCUGCCGCUUAUCGCUAAACGCGUGGAGGAGAUGAAGGUCAGCAGUAAGAGGCGGAGUCACAGCCGUAGUCGUAGCGACCUGACUGACUCUAUUCUGAUCACGGAGAAGUGGAUGAAGUAUGAGGAGCUGAUUCAUCAGGAAUCCAUGUACGACGAGGGCGCCGCUCCGCUGGCCGAACCGGAGAGCAUGUGUAACAUCACGUCCCUCAACCUGGAGAAUAACGGGAAAUCUGUGGACCUCGAAGACGUGAAAUUCUACGAGGAACAGCAGAAGUAUGACUACACGGAGAAUAUAUGUUGUCUCCAGGAUGGCCCGGUCGUUAAGUUACCGACGGAAACAUGUCCAACCUCGCAAGGUGAAAAUAUGUCAGGUAAACCUAAACCAGAAAGGAAAUCCUCAGUCAGCAAUUUUUUUACAAAGAUAUCACGGGCGGUGCUAAAACCUCGAAAUACCCCUGAAUCGGAGCCGCAGAAAGGAAAGAAAGAACGGUUUGGGAUGUUUGGCAGGAGGAAGGCCUCUACUGCUGAUGACAAAGAAAAUGUCCCUGUUAAGGAAAGUGUGUCAGCAUUAGCAGAGAAAAGGUUCGCAUCCCGGGAGUACAAGAGAUUCAAAAGUGAAAAAUCUCGACUUCUGAAACCAGUGAAGUAAAAAUACAAAGAGAAAUUAGAAUGAUAAACCACAAAGAUGUUCAGAUUCCUUUUACAAUUUUAUUACUUUUUUUCCUUUUUUCAGUAUUUUUAAUGUCUAGUAUUUGGUGCUUUAUUUAAUACAGAUAUUUUUUUUUUGCAUCAGCAUUUUGUAAGGGGAUAUUUUUGAUGUACAUUGUAGCUAGAUGAUCUCCAGAAGAUACGGAUUUUCUUUGGUUGUGGUGAUUUUGAUAGUUCUAGUUAUAGGUGCAAUAGAAAAGAUUUACUGUGCUUAGCUGUGAUAUUUCAAACUUUGUGAUAAACUAAUUAAUUUGUAGAUCUGAAUGAUUUUUUUUCUGCUAUGAGCUUUUGGAUUUUUGUAUACUUAACAGGGUGUGUAAAAUUUAUUUUUGUAAUGAAAGUUCAUAGUCAAUAUUUUAUAUAUCAAAAUGUUUGCAUGGGUUAAAUUUUUAUGCAACAGAUAAUUGUGGUGUAUUUUAAGCGAUAUCAAUUAUGUUUAACAGAAUAAUAAUAAUAACUUUGGUAUUUGCAAUAAUAAAGUCAUUCUAUAAUUUUUGUAAAUUUUCCCCAUGCAAACCUUUACAAUAUGUAGAUUAGAAAUUUGGAAAAGAUGGUAUGGAUAUCUUUACAUAAGACAGGGAGUAUAUAUAAACAUAAAUAUAAGACAGGGAGUAUAUAUAAACAUAAAUAUAAGAUAAUGCCUCAUUGGUUCUGGAUCCUUGGUACUAGUCAGUUAUAUACAAUAGGAAUCAAGAUCUGUCAGGGCUUGUGUAGUCAUAGGACUCUUGUCUCUGUGUUUUGUUUUGCAAAGCUUCAAGGUUUACUAAGAAUUGUAAAUUGUACAAACUCAUUAUUUAAUCAAAUAACGAUGAAGGUCACAACCAAAUGUCAGAUUGGAUUUUGAGGUCAUUUUUUAAAGGUUAGAUGGCACUGUAAUAGAGCAAGUCAUCAUUGUAGGGAGGUACAAUAUUUAUAUAGCCAACACAAUUUGUCUCAAUAUACUGUAGAUUCCUUAUUUUACGCGAUUAAUCCCGCAAUUCAACGGUUUUCCAUUAAAUCGCGAGAACAUAACAUCGCAAAUGCCGAUUUUUUUUAUAGUUUCAUAAAGUUUACAUAUGUCCAAAAAUUAAAAGUGAGAUUUUAAAAUUCGCAAGACGCGCUUUUCGCGAUUUUAUGCGGAUAUUAUUUCCUCGCGUUUAAUUAGGAAUUUACAGUACUGGUAUUAUCAUUUCAUGUUGUAAACAGUAUUCCUGGCUCCACCGUCACCAAAAUUUUCAAAUCCCUCAACUCGUUCCUCAACUCAAAUCCUGUUAAGAAAAGUAAUAAAUUUGAGGUCAAAUCUCAGAUUUGAGGCUGAGUAUUGACUUGAGG